UUAAUAGCAUCUAAUAAAGAUGAAGAGAAUGACUUAAGAAAAAUUAAUAUCUUAUUGAAUUUAAUUGGUCCACAAGGAGUUAAGAUUUAUAAUAACUUUAAAAAGAAAGAAAAAACUAAUUUUGACACGGUAGUUCAAGCAUUCAACCAAUACUGUGAACCAAGAAAGAAUAUAAUAUUUCAAAGAUAUAAGUUUGGAUGUUGUAUAAACAUGAGGGCCAAAGCUUUGAUGAUUUUCUCACUGAAUUAAAAACACUAGCUGCUACUUGUGAAUACAAAGAAGAGGAUAACAUGAUACGAGACAGAAUAGUGUUUGGCGUUAAAGAUCCAGAAAUCAAAGACAAGCUACUAACUAUAAGUAAUCUGACGAUGGACAAGGCGGAGGAAAUAUGUAAAACCACAGAGGCAACUAAACAAGAACUGCAAGAAAUGGCAACAUCAACAGAAGUACAUAUGGUAAAAAUGAAGAGUACAGUUAAUGAUAAAGGUACAUCAAGAAAAUACUGAUCACCAAGGAGGAGGAGGAGUUUCAAAGACACACCAACGCACCGUAGUACGUGACUACUAAGGCGGCGGGCUGGUUAGCCGGCCUGCGAAAAGGAUAACCAUGACCCAAACGAACUAAAUAUGUGACUGUAAGCUAGGUAGCUAAUAAAACUUGUACUGUAUAUACCGCAAUUGUAAACCGCAGCUUUGUAACAUGCGACAAGCGAAUGAUGUUAAUAUUAAAUUUGUAAGUGUAAUUAUUUUAAAUAAAUAAACGAUGGCGGACCGGCGGGAAUGCAGAGCAGAGGCAGUACUCCCCCGGUUCGACGAUACCAAGAUAAAAAAAAAAAAAAAA